AUGUGCAUUCUACCCAAAUCUUGUAUUAAACAGUGGAAGAUGGGACGACUUUGUGAGGUUUACAUGAAUGAGCACACGAAAGGACGCAAAAGAGUGCUAGAAGACGAUGAUCCCGCCCCAGACUUCUUUAUUAAACGACCGAUUAAGGUUAGUAAAGAGCCACCAAGUGGUGAUGCACAAGGAUCAGGAGCUCCACCAGCACCCAAGCCGACAGUUUUUACAGGCACUUACUCUCAUGGUACUAAUCCAACUGAAGAUAUCUUGAACUCAAUUCUACCACCAAAGGAAUGGACAGAAGAUGGACAAUUGUGGGUACAGUACGUCUCGAGUACACCAGCAACGAGACUCGAUGUCGUGACUUUACAAGACCAAUUGGAUCUACGACUGCAACAGAGACAAGCUAGAGAGACGGGGAUCUGUCCUGUACGUGAAGAACUUUAUGCACAAUGUUUUGAUGAAUUGAUUCGACAAAUUACUGUCAAUUGCUCAGAACGUGGACUUUUAUUGCUUCGUGUCCGUGAUGAAGCUCGCAUGACAAUCGCAGCAUAUCAAACACUAUACGAAUCAAGUAUUGCAUUUGGAAUGCGUAAAGCGUUGAUGGCAGAGCAAAAGAAAAUGGAGACCGAGCAACAAAUUCGUACGUAUGAAGGAGAAUUGCGUGGCUUAACGUCGCAAAUUGAUGAAAUAAGCACGAAAUGUGAGGCAGUAGCACAACGUGAAGAUGAAAGAAAGAUCCAAGAUGAAAAAAAACAUCAAGAAGAAGUGGAUUCCUUGCGCAAGAAUAAUGAGCAAUUGAAAGCCAAUCUCGAGAUCAUGUUUGCAGCUUCUAAGAACCAGACGGUGUUUCUCGACGUACAGCUUGCGGAUACGUUCCUCAGUGUAAAAGAAAAGCUUGGAUUUAUUUUUCAUCUGCCAGCCUCGAGCAUUCAGCUCUGGCAAGGGCUAGAUCAGAAGGAAAGCAAGGAGCUUGUAGAUGCUGCAACGCUUGCGGAUCAUGAGCUACAGAAUGAUGCAAUUAUUUACAUGUGUUGGAAGAAAGAGAAUUCCGAUUCGUGGGAAGAUCUCAGUGUGACCAAAGUAGAUGUCAUUGAUACAGGCGAAGGCUCAAUCUCAGCCGGUGGAUCAUCCGCGAGUAAUAUGAAAGUUGAGUAG